AUACCGUCGACGUUCAGUCCUCGCGGCCGCGCGCCGUGUCCCAGUGUCGUGUCGCGGUCGGCCACUGCUGCAGCUCCUUUUGCCUCUGCUCCGGCCUCUCCGUGUCUCCUGUAUCGCAGGUAUAGUCGAUCCUCGUCAACAGUGUAAUAGCACGCACUCGGCUGAGGACGACGUAGGCUCUCUCGCCGGUAGUCUCCCAGCGGCACGAUGCAGCCGCCACCGAGAAAAGGGAAUUACGCGAAAUUCCUGAAAAAUGUCCACUCGGAACAGGCCGCCAAACUGCAGGCGAAGAAUCAGCACGAGUGCGACCUUCUCGAAGACAUCCGAAGCUUCGUCGUCAAAAAAUCGGCCAUCGAAAAGUCCUACGCAGAUGCUUUGUUAAAAAUAUCCUCGGCGUACUUGAAUAAAAAGAUUCCAAACAUUCCCGACCUGAAGGUCGACAACGCGGACGAAAGAUGGAAUAUGUGGAACGUGUGGCGGACGGUGCUGGAGGAGAACGAGAAGCUCGCGCGGGCGCGACUUGCCGCCGUCGAGAUUUUCCAGCAACAAAUAGCCGACGAGGCGAAAAGCCUGAAGAUGCACAAGGUCCAGAUCGCCAAAAAGUCGAUCGACCAAUUGGUAGUAGUACAAAAGGAGCUGCAGACCUGCGUGCAGGACGUCGAUAAAACGAAGAAGCUCUACUUCGACGAGGAGCACUGCGCCCACGACGUGCGCGACAAGGCGAAGGACAUCGAGGAAAAGCUGAAAAAGAAGAAGGGCUCGUUCUUCCAGUCGAUAACGUCGCUGCAGAAGAACAGCGCGAAGGUGAGCUCGAAACGGGACGCUCUGGAGGAGAAAUCGACGGGGGCGCGAAACGACUACCUGCUCGCACUGGCCGCGGCGAACGCCCAUCAGAAUAGGUACUUCGUCAUCGACCUGCAACAGACGAUGCUGUACAUGGAGCAAGGCGUUUACGACAAGGUGGCCGAGUACCUGUCCAUCAUGGGCCGCACGGAACUGCUGACCUGCAUGGCCAUGCAGAACAGUUUCGGCAAGAUUCGCGACCAAGCGGAACAGCUCACGAGGGAGUACAACAUACAGUGCUGCUGCCUGUAUUAUCCGGUGCUCAAGCAGCACAUACAGUACGAAUUCGAGCCCUGCGAUAACGACCAGGUCGACAGGAUAACGGCGGACAACGCGGCGGCACAGACACUGAGCAAGGAGGCGCGACGCUGGGCGACGAGGAUCGCGCGCGAGAUCAACACCUACAGGGAAAGCAAUAGAAAAUUAGUCGCGCUUCAGCAGCUGCGCGACUCCGGUCAAAAGACCGAUCCCAACGAUCCCAAUGGCCCGGAUCUGGAGACGAAGAUCGACGAGCUGAAGACGACGAUGCGAAAAGCCGAGACGGCCAAAAUGAAGGCCGAGGCGAGAAUAGAGUGUCUUCGAAAAGGCGGAGUUAACGUCGACGAGUGGCUGCAGGAGGUUGAAACGCUGAGCGUCCAGGACAUCCCGCGCUCGGCCAGUUCACUGUCCAUCAGGACCGAUGCCUCCGGCAAUGCGGAGCAGCCGUCCUCGGACUCGUUCUACGACAGCGACAACGACGCAGGCAGUGACCUGACGACGGUAGAGAGGCCAGGACGUGGUUCCGCGGCAGGGCAACACUCGCUGCAUCACGAGGAUGAAGACUCGGGCGCCGACGAGCGUCAGCGGCACGACAGCGCCGAGGUUGACGCUGCGAGCUCCUACGGUCACUCAGCAUUACUGGAACAAGAAAAGCAGCGAAUAGACGAGAUAACGGCCGGUUGGGAUGACCCGACGUCAACCAAUUGGGGCAACGACGACAGCACCGUCGACGACGCCGGAAACGUCGCCGAGGUUCACGCGUCAGCCGACGACGCGACGACGCAUAUCUACAAGUGCACUGCGUUAUACUCUUACACGGCCAACAAUCCCGACGAGCUGUCGAUAGUGGAGAGCGAGCAGCUGGAGGUGGUGGGCGAGGGCGACGGCGACGGCUGGCUCAGAGCGCGCAACUACCGGGGCGAGGAGGGCUACGUGCCCCAGAACUACCUGGACGUCGAGCGAGAGCCAGAGGUCCAGCAGAGCGGCCUCACGUCCAAUUCAUCGGGUGGCCUCGUGCAGCAGAUAUCCUUCUCCUCGGUCGACUACACCAUCGACGACCACGACGCCGUCGACCCCGACGCCCAUCUUUAUCAGCAGCAGGAGGCGCAAGAAACGACGCCGGUGCCGGAAACGCAAGCGCCGCUGUCGACGGCUCCGGUGGCCCAGAACCACGUGGCCCUGGACGACGGCCGCGAGUACUGCGUCGCCCUCUACGACUACGACGCGAGCUGCGACGAGGAGCUGACCUUCAUGGAGGGCGACGUCAUCGUCGUACUGAAGAAAGAACCUCACGACGUCGACGACGGCUGGUGGGAGGGUGAGUUCAACGGACAACGAGGACUCUUCCCUUCGCUCGUCGUCGAGCCUUGCGCGCCCGAUGGCUCGCCCCUUUCCGAGGUAGACGAGGAGGACGUAACGCCGCCGAGCACCUCGGCGCCGCCUGUCUUCACGCCGCCCGAGGCACCCGAGUUUGUCUUGAACGAGGAGCUCGCGCAGUCGCUCAUGAACGAAAUGAGAGAAAGAGGCUACGUGAACGGCGAUCGGCCGGAUAGCUUUAACAUGAACUUGACGAGGGAUCAAAAGGAACAAUACGGCCUACAAUUCGAUGGCGAAGUCACGCAAGAUGAGCAGCCGCAGCCACAGCAGCAGCAGCUGCAGCAGCAGCCAACGCCGGGCAUCGUUGUCGACGAAGUUCCGGACUUGCCGAGAUCAGAGGACGAGGAGGACGAGCCAGAGCCGGUGAAAGUCGCUCGCGAGGCAAAGAAGAAACAGGCGACCGGUGAAGAGGAGGACGACACGGGUCUCGGAGUCGCGCAGAUCGUCAUAACCGCGGCAACGCCGAUGGAGGAGGUCGACCGGCCGUUCCCUGGCAUCGAGGAGUCCGAGGAGGAAGCCUCGAAGGACGAAGAACCCGCGGAGUCUCAGCCGGCAGCCAAUGGCGAACAGACUGACACAAGACUGCCAGACGACGAGAGCCAGCCGCAAGAGGAGGAACCACCUCCGACGACGAAGGCGAAGCUCAAGUCCGGCGAGUCCGAGGAGAAGUCGAUCCUCGACGACCAGCCUACCGACUCGGCGCCCUUUCCCGUGAGCAGCUCCUCGGGCAGCGACGCCGAGUCUCUCUCCGGCCCCAGCACCGCCGACAACUCGCAGUGUCUGCCGUCUCGAGGAGGUGGUCCAGCCGCGAUCGAGGACCCCGAGGACCCGGCCGAGGAGCCCGCGCCGAAGAUGCUCGUGGGCGGCAGGGCCAGCAUCCCCGACGAGCUUCAGCCUGACCAGCUCCAGAAAUUGCAGAAUCUCAAGGAGUCGAACGCCUAGGACUGACUAAACCUCGGACUUCUCAGCCAGAGUCCCAUCAGACCCGGCUCGCUAGUCUUGCCGCUCAACUACAGGCGCAAGUUCCGACACCUGCUCGAGUUCUGGAACUCGCCCGAGGUCAGCGGCAAGCAGGACGACGACGAGCUCGACUAACACGACUCACACCUACACACACACACAUACACACACACACACAAGCGUAUAUAUAAAUAUUAUAUAUAAAAAAAUGAAAACAGACAGCAAAAAUGAGUAUACAUAUUAUAAAUAUAUAAUAAUAAGGAGGAGAGGCGCCGGACUCACGCUCUCAUGCUAAGACUUAUCACUCUCAUCAUCGGACACGGCUAUCUCUCACAUGUAUACACACAUUAUCCCGUGCGCCCUCUCUUCCCGCGAAAAGCUGCUGCCGCUGCAUACUUGAGAACAGAAAACAGAACAGGCAAAUUAUACAAAGACAUAUAGACACACACACACACAAUAUAUUAUACACCCACGGAGGCGAGCGCCAGGACAUCGCGUGUAAUCUGUAACGCUUGGACGAUGCUCGUCGCACUAUAACGUUGUGUUAUCGACAGAAGAGGCAGGAGUCGGGAGAAAGAAUGUUCAGAGAUAAACGAGAAAAUUGAGCAAAAAAAUGGAAAUAAUCUAGAAAAAAAAAAUUAAUAAAAAUAAUUAUAAUUAGUGAUAAGAGAAGAACAAUUGACACUGUUGCGUAUAUACGAUUUUGCUAGGCGUGUGUAUGUUAAUAUCUCUGCCCUGUCUCUUUCUCUCUUUGCUUCUCUUGCUGCUCCUACCACUCGGUCUUUACAUUAUAUAUUACGAUGAUGUAUACACACGAAGACGCAGCGGAGGAGAAACGACGACGAGGAAGGCGAGUUGCGACUUUUGCAACGUAAUUUACAAAGAAUUGAAAAUAAAAAAAAAAAAA